GUCACUGACUGAGCACGUCUUCUUGGCAUGGCAAGCUUGCUCUGCGUCUCAGAAAUUCCCUCUCCCAGUCAAGGUUACGAGGAAUUGUGAUUGACUCAGCCUGAUGGAAUAGCAAGUUGCCUGCCCCCUAAAAAUAGACCACCCUUUUCAUCUUCCCAACAUAGCUCGCAAGCCCCUGAUAUAAUCGGCCGCGAGGGGCCAGGGAGAGAGACAGAUCUAGGAGCGAGGAGUGGAGUGGAGCCAGUCUCCGCCGUUGAACACUCUAAAACGUGGACCCCCCGAGAUACAACCCCGGGAUCUGAUACGAAGAAAAGGCCAUUCCGGAUUGGGAACGUUCUGUGAGAGGAUACCGGGAGUUUUAAGCAACUCAGACAGAAGCCACAUUCCUCAGCAAGGAUAUAGGAUAUCCUCUUUCCCCUCUGUGAAGGAACGGUCCUCUCCAUAUCAGGCCGAAGCAGCUGCUGCUUCUGAUCAGACCAGCAGUCUGACCGAACGAAGUUUCAUACACGAGCUCCCUUUUAAUUGUCUUGAUAACCAGAAACCAAACAAGAUGGCAGAAGCUCCAAACGAAAAGUCUUCUAGCCCCAACGUCAAGAAGGCAGAGGAAGCCUUGCCCUCCGGCCAGCACCCUUCUCCAGCCCCAGCUUCAGGCCCCGGGAGCCAGGAUCCCAACCCACAGCCUCUCCCGCCUCCCAAGGAGUCCUUCUCCAAGUUCUAUCAGCAGCGCCAGGUCAAUGAGCUGAAGCGGCUGUACCGCCACAUGCAUCCGGAGCUCAGGAAAAACCUGGAGGAGGCUGUGACGGAGGAUCUGGCGGAGAUGCUCAGCACAGACGACCCUCAUGCGCAAACCUCGGGGGCCGCGGAGGCGGUGCUCCCUGGGGAGGUUCAGUCCAUGCGCUGGAUCUUCGAGAACUGGACUCUGGACGCCAUUGGCGAUCACCAAGCCGCCAAGAAGCUUGCGGAGGAGGAAGACAUCCCAAGCGGAGAUGUGAAGAGCCGAUCCAUGAGGUUUGAAAGCCAGCUGACCAACGGGGAGGGAGCACCACCUGCGGGCAAGGCAUCCGAGAGAGAGCGUGCCAAAGGGGACGUGCACACCGCUCGGUGGUUAUUCGAAACGCAGCCCCUGGACUCUUUGAACAAAAUAUAUUUAGAUGAGACUGACGUGCAAGAGGCGGUCCUGAAAGAGCCUGUUCAGAGCGGGGAUGUGAAAGGGGCUGCCCAGCUCUUCGAAACCCAUUCCUUGGACGCUCUGGGUCGCUGCAGCUCGGUGGAGGAGCGGAACAUCUUGCAACUCAAGUCAGAAAUCCAAGAGCUCAAAGGCGAUGUCAAGAAAACCAUCAAGCUCUUCCAGACAGAGCCCCUCUGUGCCAUCCGGGACGAAACGGGGAACAUCCAUGAGAUCAAAUCUGUCUGCAGGGAAGAAAUACAGAGCAACGCCGUGAAGACGGCCCGCUGGCUCUUUGAGACGCAGCCUUUGGACACCAUCAACAAGGACCCAUCCAAGGUGCAAGUCAUCCGAGGGAUAUCGCUGGAGGAGGCCGCGAGGGGGAAUGUCAGUGGCACAAAGUGGCUGUUCGAAACUCAGCCCCUCGACGCCAUCCGGGAGCUCACGGUGGAAGAGGCCGAUUUCAAGGCCUCCCCAGAUCUCAUCCAGGGAGCUGAUGUCAGUAAGCAGUGCCAGCUUUUUGAGACCCAGCCUCUUGACACGCUGAAAGGGGACGCUUCCGACAGUACCCCCGCCAGAGAGGAAGUGGUCAAAGGGGACGUGAAAUCAACCCUCUGGCUGUUUGAAACCCAACCCAUGGAAGUGCUGAAGGACAAUUUCGAAGUGGGGCAUUUAAAGAAAGUGGAGCUUUCUGACGAAGAGAAGGGUGCCGUGAAGCAGACAAAGCAUGUCUUUGAGACCUGUCCUUUGGACAGCAUCUCCAGAUCUCCACCAGAAGGCUUCUCGGCCACUAAUGGGCAACAGACAGAGAAAGGGGACGUGAAAGCCUUCAAGAGCCUCUUUGAGACCCUCCCUUUAGACUGCAUCAGGCAGGUGAGCACCGAGGAGGCUGUCCAGCAAGGCGAGGAAAUACCACCUGGGAACGUCAGAGCCAGCCAGGCCCUGUUUGAGACGACACCGUUGUACGCCAUCAAGGACUGCCAGGGCAACUUCCACAAGGUCACUUCUGUGAGUAGAGAAGAGGAGGUUAUGGGUGGAGACGUGAAGAACUACAAGUGGAUGUUUGAAACCAAGCCUUUGGAUCAGUUUGAUGAUGGGACCCAGAAAGUGGAUGUGAUCAGGGGCAUCACAAAGCAGGAGGUGGUGGCUGGAGACGUCAAGACAGCCAGGUGGCUCUUUGAAACGCAGCCCAUAGAUGUCAUCCACAGCCAAGUCAACCCAAAAGAGCAGGACGCAUCGGAGCGCCGGGACGUUUCCCAAGGGGGCGCCGUGAGGACUUGCAGGUGGCUGUUUGAAACUCAUCCGAUUGAUGCCCUGUAUGAAAAGGAUGAAAAGAAGCUGGACAGAGAGGAGCCUGUGCCACGCACGGAUGUGAAAUCCUGCACGUGGAUGUUCGAAACGCAGCCCUUGGAUUCCCUGAAAGGCCAGGAGGAGCAAUACCUGCAGGUCAGCAAGGCAUUCUGCCCAGCCGAAUUUCAAGGUGUAGACGUGAAAACGGUCAGGCACCUGUUUGAGACGGAACCCCUGAUCAAUCAUACCACAGGUGGCAAGGAUUCCAAGGAAGUAUGCAGGUACUCCAGUCGUGUGGAAAUUCAGUCUGGAGAAGUGUCCAGGGUGAAGGAGUUUUUUGAAGCCAAGCCCUUGGAUUCCACUGAUAAAACAACUCAGGCUAUGAAGGCAACCGAUCUUCCUCCAGGUGGCAACAUUGAACCAGGGGCGGUGCACAAAUUCAGCUGGCUCUUUGAAAACUUCCCCAUGGACACCUUGAAAAGCACCUUGGGGGGUAUUCAAGAAAUACCCCCCGAAAAGGACAUCCAAGGUGGAGAUGUUGGAGGCAAACGAUUCAUUUUUGAAACCUACUCCCUGGGUCAGAUCCAUGACGAGGAGAAUGAGAUGCAGAUCAAGAAAAUCCAGGAAGAGACAAUGAACAAAUCCAGUGUCAAAUCCUGCACGAUGCUGUUCGAAACCCAGCCCCUGUAUGCCAUCCAAGACAGAGAUGGGGGCUAUCAUGAAGUCACCUCUGUGAAGAAGGAUGAGAUCAUGAAAGGAGACGUGAAGGGCGCACGGUGGCAGUUCGAGACCAAACCCUUGGACCAGAUCCAGAAGAAUGAAGAGGUGUUUGUAAUUAGGGCUGUCACCCAGGAGGAUUUCAAGACAGGUGAUGUCCAAGCAGCCAGGUGGAGGUUUGAAACAGAGCCUCUGGACUCCAUUGCUGAUGAGAAGAAGCCUAUCUUGAGGACCGUUGAUGACGUGCAGAAAGGAGAUGUCCACUCUAAUAAGCAACUCUUUGAGUCCGAGCAACUGAGCCAAAAGAAGUAUGUGAGGAUGGUCAGUGUUAGUGAUGUUCAGCAAGGGGAUGUGAGGACUUCUACCUGGCUUUUUGAGAACCAGCCGAUUGACUCCUUGAAAGGAGACUCUGAAAGCGCCUCCGGCCUGAGCUUGGUACAAAGAGAGAAUAUCCAUAAAGGGGACGUGAAACGCUGCACUUGGCUGUUUGAGACCCAACCCAUGGACACCCUCAAGGACACAGACGUGUCUGCAAGUGCUGAGCCGCCAGAGGUGGUUCCUCAGGUCAAUGUGAAAAGCACCACAUGGUUGUUUGAAAGUACCCCUCUAGAUAAGCUCAGCACUUCUCCAUACUGCACAGAAACGGAAGCAAGACAGAGAGCAUUGACAUACACCCUGGAAGUUCUCUUUGCCCAUCAAGCGAUCCAACACGGGGGCAUCCUUAUCGAAGCCAAUGAUACUGAGAGCGUCAAGAUGGCAAAAUAUCAACUUGGCUGCCAAGGAGCCCCAGAAAUCCUAAAGGAAGAAGUCAUGGGAGGCAACUUGCAAAGGAUCCUGUUACAGCUACUUCAGAGGACCAAUGUGGAAGCCCAGGGUGUGCUGGUGCAGGAAGAGGAGGAUGGCAAUCUAAAGAUCAGUCCCGUUCAGCUGUUGGACCCUAGCAAAGCAGAGAAAAGCCAGCCGGUCUUGCAGGAUGAUGUGGCCAGGACUCUCCAAGACUUUCUUAGUCAAGCAGACGCCUCCCUCAAGAAAGGAAUAAUUAUGCAGGAGACAGAGACUGGGUCUGUGAAGAUGGCGGUCUACACUCUCCGUUGUGUUGCUCGGCAGGAUGGACUCGUGAAGGGGGACGUGAAGUCCACAAUUGGGAACCUGCUGGCUUCUUCACAGGAACAUAGGCCAGCAGCAACCAUCCGACGAGAGGACAAUGAAAGAGGCAACGUCCAGUUGUACACCAGCUGCAUCGAGAAAGGAGACCUCGACUACCUGAAGAACCUCCACAGGGAGAUGGAGAUAGAAUCCCUCGUUUCCUCCCAAGCAAAAGAGGAACCGCUGAAAACCCCGCACGAGGGUGCUGCACCUGCCCAGGUGCAGCAGGAAAAGGUAGUCACGGCGGCAGAUGUGAUACGAGGGUCUAGCAGUGACGCUAAGCGAGUGUGCUUGUGUGCGAGCAAGGAAGGUUCGUUAGAAAGGGAGGCAGGGCACGCGAGCGACUCAGGGCCCACGACGCCCUGCCUGGUGCCGUCUCCACCCGCAGGGACAGCCGCAGGCCAUGCAGUGGCUGGGAAAGCUCAGCCGGCCACCCAGGCAGUUCCGAAGGAACAGGAAGGUAGCAGGAGCCCGGUGAGAGAAGAGUCAAUAACCCCGAGCUCCCGGGCAGGGGAAAUGCCCCAGGGGGCAGCUCAGCCCCAGCCCCCUUCUCCCGGGAGCGAACUCCAUGCGGCAAUGCAGAGUCUCAGAUUAGUCACGGCAGAGGCAAAAAGCCUUCAGCACCAAGUGCGGAGCAAGCUGCAGAAGUCUGCAGAAGACCCCCCGCUCACGGCCCCUGCGGCGCAGCCCCAGGCAGUGGCCUUGCAAGCCACCGCGCACAACAAGCGCCUUGCAGACCCCGGGCCGCCACAGGCCGGCAGCGGCACCGUCGUCCGAGUGCAGGAGGCCGGCCGGGAGUCCGGGGCAAGCGUUCCUUGGAAGAGUGCAGCCUCACACACACAGGCCGGCGCUCCCCCCGCAGCCUGCUGCGACGACUGCUUUGCACCCAGGGCAGGUGUUAGCAUUAAAGACGGCCUUUAUACUGCCAAGCCAGUGAAGCCCUAUGUAAACCCGUUUCUUGAGUCUGAGUUCAAAGAGCACUCCGUUCCCGAAGAACGAGCGCAAGAUCCCGUAGUUGGAGGGGAUGUCCGAACAGCUCUCAGCGCCUUGCAGAAUGCAGCAGCAGAACAGAGGCGAGCCGAGAAAGAGGAUGUUGUCCGUGGCAACCUGAAAGCUGCGCUCGAGUCCCUGGAAAAGUCUAAUGUCAAUGUCUCCAAAGGAGAUUUUAAAGCAGCCAUGAUAUACAGGAACGCAGGGCAGUCCCAGUCCAUGUGUAGAAAGAAAAGCGAGGCUCAGUCUGUUAGUGACCAGGCAGCUGCUGUCGUGGCUACAGGCUCGCGAGCUCUUAAUGAUUUUCCCCCUCCUUCUCCAGCUUCACUGGUGAGACCCGAAGGCCACACGCCCCCCGCCAAAGAGCGAGAAGAAGAUGCUGUAGGGUGUCCCCCACCUGGGCCACCACACAUUCCGAAGACUCUCCCACCUGCCCCAGCCAAACCAAGUGACCCGAGGCCCAUGGAGAAGCCGCAGCAUCCCCACAAGCCGGAGGCCCCACCCAGGAAGAAACCUGUCCCGCCCCCCAAGCCAGAGUUCCUCCUGAAGGAAGGGCUCUCCUGCCAGCCAGCUGGCUGCAGCAAAAGACCCCUGGGGAAGGCAGCGCCCCCUCCCCGCCCUUCCAAACCUCCCUCCGUGGUUGAGCAGAACAAGCCCAGGACGCCCCUUCAAGUGGCAGAAGAAAAGUACCGUGCAAAGAAGGAAGCGAGCAGUGCAGAAGGGGCAAGCCGCAUGCCUUCCGCAGAGGCAUCAGAAAAUGGGUUGGCUGGCUGUGAAGGAGGGAACUGCCAGCCAAGUAAAGAAAUCCAAAGAUUCCCGUGCCAAGGAGAAAGCAGAUGUAUGUCGCCUGGGGGACAGCACUCCCUCUCGUCUCCCGGAUGCCACGCAGAUCCCGCUCCCCUGGGAGGCCAGAGGAAGCCCUAUCUCUCUGCAAAGUGCCAUGCCAAUGUUCUGAAAAAAGGAACCGUCACAGUACAGGCCUCCUCAUCAAAGAGAGAAAGCGCAGGCUUGCCCAGGGCCUCCGUCUUGAAGGAUGAACAGAGAAGUCCAAAAGCACAGGAAGCGUUCUCAGAAGCUGCCCGUUCAGCAUCUUCCUCUUUGCAAUCAAAGCAGUUCCCCAAACAGCAGCAGUGUGUGCCCAAUAAGGACUUCAGAGACCCAGAGACGAAGACUGAACAAAGCACAGAGAGGGACGAGCCGGUGGUCGUCAUGCGGGAAAAAACUUGCCGGGAAACUGAAGACGAACGUCGUGAGAGACUGUCCGUCCACAAGGAGGAGAUCAUGAAAGGCAACGUCAAGGAGGCUAUGGAGAUAUUUGAGAACCUGCGCAAGCAGGAGGCCCUCCAGGAAAUUCUAACCCGCGUGAAGGAAUUUGAGGAGGAGACCUCCAAGGUGGAUGUGAAAGCGUUGAGAAGCUUGUUUGAGAAUGUCCCUGACUGGGUGGUGCAUCACAAGGUGCGCCAGCCCAAAGCACCCAGGGUGGAGAAGGCUGAGCAGAUGAAGGACGUGAAGGAAGAUGCAGACAGUGUUUCCUCGGUGGAGUUGGCCUUUGAGGACCUAGAGAGAGCGAGUGCCGAGAUCCUCCAUUUAAAGGAGCAGACGCUAAGCCGGCUUCUGGACAUCGAAGAGGCCAUCAGGAAAGCUCUGUGUUCCAUUUCUAACCUGAAAUCUGAGUCGGACAUAGCCGGACUCUCAGGGCUGCUCAAGGAGUCUAUAGGGGACUCUCAGAGCCUUGCAGCCGGGAACAACAUUCGCAGAAUCAGCAUCGUCUCCAGCAAAGCCCAGCAAGAGGGAGGAACGCAGAACUCACCCUGGGAAGGCGAAAGGGGGCCAGAAAAGCAAGAGUUGCCCAGAGUGGAGCUGUCAGUUCCCCAUAUCAUUCAGCCUAGAGUGAGCUCUCCGUCCUCUCCUUCCUACAUCUCCAUUCAAUCCGCUGCACGGAAAACGUCAGAAUCACCUAAAGCGGCAAAUUCCUCCUCAUCCAAUUCCAGGGAAAUUGCAACAGAAAGGGAACUAGUCGCUCAAGACAUUUUUAGCGCGAUGCCACAUAAAACCAUGAGGCCGGAUGGCUGCAAUGUGUCCUUCUGCACAGGCGAACAGGAGGUCAUCCAGAUGAAGAAAGGAGCGAGCUUAAUUAAGCAGCAACACCUCAGCAGCCCUGAGCAUCUCCAGCAUCCCACUGGGAGCCACGGUGAUAAAGAACGGGACGCACCGUUCACAGUGUCCUUGUGUGCUUUAAGCCCAUCCAAUCCAAGGAGGCAGAAAAGCAUCCUUGAACUGCAGACAAGCCAAGAUGGAUCCAAGCUCUAUGGAGCGACCAGGACCGUGACUGAGCAGUACGAGGAGGUAGAUGAGUUUGGGAACAAAAUCAUCACAUCAUCCACCACUGUCACCAAACAGUCAGAGACUCAGACCUCCUCCACAUGCGACAUGGUUUCUUGCCCUACCAGGUACGAGGUGACAGCCUCUCCAGUCCUUCACAGGUACCUUAACAGCCCAGUCGACUUCCAAUCCAACCAUGAGCACCAGGAUACUGGUGUGGUCUUUGUCACUUUCAGCAACUCCAAGCCGGCAAAGAAAUAGGAAGAUCUCAGCAGAGGAUAAGAACUAUGCAGCAAUCUACAAACUAGUUAACGCCGUGCGCUCAGAGUUAAGCCAGUUCAAUCUGAGUGAAUUUUAAAGGACUAAAACUGAUUGAAACUUGGUGCAUUCAAGAUUAAGUGUGGAUUGACCUGUAUAUUAAACGAGCAUGAUAGUUGGGAUGAACUGAAAGCCUUGCAGAACAGUUGGGAAGUAGUCGUACUGCUUGUGUACCAGUAUAACCAGCAUUCAGGACCGCUUCUUAAAGAAAGACGCCUCAGCUUGCCACUGCAGCUCAGACCUCGAUUUUGGGUCUCAUGGAAGAAAGAAGACAAACAGAAAUGGUCAACAGAAGCGUGGCCUUUUGACCAUUGCUUUGCUGCAUCAGGCGGUACCACCCAGCAUACAGGUUCCAACAAUUCUGGACACGUCAAAGACAAAACAGACUGGCACUGAAUGCAAGCCAAGAAUCAUAAGCCAAUAUUUGAGAAAAUGGGUUCAUUUACUGCACUUUUUCCACCCCUGGCAUCAAACAGGAACUCUCCCUUCUUCCCAUUCACCCUUACCAGGUGCCCAAAAAAGUCACAAUGUGCCUUCUCUCCUAUAGGUCUUUCCAGGGGCUCUGGAUGGAAUAGGUUUUUACUCAUAGCUUCCAAUGCCCGCAAGUUCAGUACAUAGUCACCAGACAGAGGAUGUUUAACACUGUCCAUAUUUAGCAAGGGAGUACAGGAACCAGGACUGUAAGAAUGCCUUUCCUUGUCCUUCCCCUGAUGAGAAAGUGGGGGAGAUACCCUAGUUAAAAUGGGGGUGUUUUUAGACAUAAAGAUGGAUAUUGCUUUCUUCUUUUUCUAUUUUAGAACCAUAAUUUAUUAUUUAUCCUCCACUUGUCUUUUCUCCUCAAUCCCUUCCUUUCCCUCUUGCCUGUUCAGUGUUUAAGUCAAUGACAAAAUCAUGUAAAGCAAUUUUAUUGUGAUUUUUGUACAUUCUCAAGUGAAGAGUUUAGAUUUUCUGUGGUUGUUUUUUGUGUUUUGAUGGUAAAGUUGACUUUCGAAAAGUA